UCAGCCAAGAAAGAGGGGGGCGUGCGAGAAGAAAGAGGAAAAGGAGGGGGCGGAGGACGCAGCAGCGGCGAGAGGCAGGCGGAGGGUCUUGGGCGGCGAUCUGGGCCGGCGGAAGCAAGGCUAACUCUCCUCGUUGCCGCCUCUCGUUCUUUCUCUCUCUCUCACUCUCUGUCUCCCCCUUGCGGAGCGGUCCCCGAGCAUCGGUACGAGGAUUUUGUGGCAAGAGAAGGAAGUGGAGGAUAGAGGUGGGACGGCGAGAUAUUUAACUGUUGGUGGUUCGUCGCAGGGAUCGGAUCUCGGCCGUGCGCGCUGUUUAGUUGUGGACUCAGGUGUGGACAGAUGAGGAGGAGGAAAAUUGGUUAUUUUUAGAUCGCGAGGAGGUGGUGGAUGCAGUGGGAAGUUUGGAUCUUGGUCCUAAAAUUGGGAUUUAUUUCUAAUUCAGUGCGUACAAGGGUUUUGCGGAGAUUUUGAGGAGGGAUCGUGGAGCAUCGUUGGGGUUUCUGACGUCGGAGGGAUCUGAUAAUGGCAACUAAGUUCAACAUAGCAGUAGGUUCUCAGGUCUGGGUCGAGGAUGCUGAAGUGGCUUGGAUAGAUGGGGAAGUCUUGGAGAUCAAAGGCGAUGAAAUUAAGAUCAGCUGUACUUCUGGAAAGAUGGUGAUUGCCAAACUUUCUAAUGUCCAUCCUAAAGAUCCUGAAGCUUCACCUUGUGGAGUAGAUGAUAUGACAAAGCUUGCUUAUUUGCAUGAACCAGGCGUUUUGCAAAACUUGAGAUCUAGAUAUGACACGAAUGAAAUUUAUACGUAUACUGGAAAUAUAUUGAUUGCUGUCAACCCCUUCCGAAGGUUGCCUCAUCUGUAUGACAACCACAUGAUGGAACAAUAUAAAGGGGCAGCUUUUGGUGAACUAAGUCCCCAUCCUUUUGCUGUUGCUGAUGCUGCAUAUCGAUUGAUGAGAAAUGAGGGAGUAAACCAAUCGAUUCUAGUAAGCGGGGAAAGUGGGGCAGGUAAAACUGAAAGCACCAAAAUGAUUAUGCGUUACCUUGCAUACAUGGGAGGUAGAGCUGCAUCUGAAGGGCGGACGGUGGAGCAACAAGUGCUGCAGUCCAAUCCUGUUCUUGAAGCCUUUGGAAAUGCAAAGACAGUAAGAAACAACAACUCAAGUCGUUUUGGCAAGUUCGUCGAGAUUCAAUUUGAUCAGAGUGGAAGGAUUUCUGGAGCUGCCAUCAGAACUUACCUGCUUGAAAGAUCCCGUGUCUGUCAAAUAUCUGAUCCCGAAAGGAACUACCACUGCUUUUACAUGCUCUGUGCAGCACCUGCAGAAGAUAUUCAGAGAUAUAAGCUGGAAAAUCCCAGGACCUUCCAUUAUCUUAACCAAUCCAACUGCUAUGAGCUCGAUGGUGUAGAUGAUUCUAGGGAGUAUCUGGAAACUAAAAAGGCUAUGGACAUCAUCGGCAUUAGUACUGAUGAACAGGAUGGCAUUUUCAGAGUUGUGGCUGCUAUUCUCCAUUUAGGAAAUAUUGAGUUUACAGAUGGAAAGGAAAUAGAUUCUUCUCAACCAAAAAAUGAAAAAUCUUGGUUUCAUUUGAGAACUGCGGCUGAACUAUUCAUGUGUGAUGCAAAGGCCCUUGAAGAUUCUUUGUGUAAGCGUGUUAUUGUUACUCGUGAUGAGAACAUAAUAAAGACCCUGGAUCCAGAGGCUGCAGCUUUAAGUAGAGAUUCCCUUGCAAAAAUUGUAUAUUCAAGGUUGUUUGAUUGGCUUGUAAAUAAGAUCAACUCCUCAAUUGGACAAGAUCCUAACUCAAAGUGCUUGAUCGGGGUGCUAGAUAUAUAUGGCUUUGAGAGUUUUAAAACCAACAGCUUUGAGCAGUUCUGCAUCAACCUGACGAAUGAAAAAUUGCAGCAACAUUUUAACCAGCAUGUGUUUAAGAUGGAACAAGAAGAAUAUACUAAAGAAGAAAUUAGUUGGAGUUAUAUCGAGUUUGUUGAUAAUCAGGACAUUCUUGAUCUUAUUGAAAAGAAACCUGGUGGGAUCAUUGCUCUUCUGGAUGAGGCUUGCAUGCUGCCAAGAUCAACACAUGAAACUUUUGCUCAGAAGCUGUACCAGGCAUUUAAAAAUCAUAAGCGCUUCAGCAAGCCAAAACUAUCACGUUCUGACUUCACCGUUUCUCAUUAUGCUGGUGAUGUUACCUAUCAGACAGAAUUGUUCUUAGACAAGAAUAAGGAUUAUGUUGUUGCUGAGCAUCAGGCGCUUUUGAGUGCCUCUAAAUGUUCUUUUGUUUCUAGUUUAUUUCCGCUUCUUUCAGAAGAUGCAUCAAAGUCAUCAAAGUUCUCGUCAAUAGGUUCAAGGUUCAAGCAACAACUGCAAUCUCUGCUAGAAACUCUAAGUGCCACUGAGCCCCACUACAUCCGCUGUGUUAAACCCAACAAUCUUCUAAAACCAGCAAUUUUUGAGAAUCAUAAUGUUCUUCAGCAGCUUCGCUGUGGGGGAGUGAUGGAGGCAAUUAGAAUAAGCUGUGCUGGAUAUCCAACAAGGCGCACAUUCUAUGAGUUUGUAGAUCGCUUUGGCAUUCUUGCACCCGAAGUUUUGGAUGGAAGUUGUGAUGAGGUCACUGCUGCUAAGAGGUUGCUAGAGAAGGCGUAUCUCAAAGGUUACCAGAUAGGAAAAACGAAGGUGUUUCUUCGAGCUGGUCAGAUGGCUGAACUUGAUGCCCGUAGGAAUGAAGUCUUGGGAAGAUCUGCUAGCACAAUCCAACGGAAAGUUCGGUCAUUCCUGGCUCGUAGAACUUUCAUUUUGCUGCGAAAAUCAGCUAUACAGAUUCAAACCAUAUGCAGAGGACAACUUGCAAGACAGGUAUAUGAGGGCAUGCGUAGACUAGCUGCUGCACUUCGUAUCCAGACCUAUUUCCGGAUGCAUCUUGCAAGGACUGCUUAUAGAGAGUUGUUCUCUUCGGCUGUUACCAUCCAAACUAGUGUAAGGGGGAUGGCUGCCCGUAAGGAACUUCAUUUCAGGCGGCAGACAAGAGCUGCAAUUAUUAUUCAGAGUCAUUGCCGCCGAUACUUGGCAUGCUUAAAUUAUUCAAGGAUAAAAAAGGCUGUAAUUGCAACACAAUGUGCUUGGAGAGCAAGGGUUGCAAGAAGAGAACUGCGAAAGCUUAAACAGGCGGCAAGAGAAACUGGUGCCCUUCAAGCUGCUAAGAAUAAGUUGGAAAAACAAGUUGAGGAACUUACGUGGCGUCUGCAGUUGGAGAAACGCAUGAGGGCUGAUGUGGAGGAAACUAAAACACAGGAGAAUGCAAAAUUGCAAGCUGCUUUGCAAGAGAUGCAACAGCAAUUUAAGGAAACUAAAUCUUUGCUGGUGAAGGAGCGUGAGGCUGCAAAAAAGGCUACUGAAGUAGUUCCUAUUAUUAAAGAGGUCCCUGUUAUUGAUACUGCCCUAAUGGAUAAGCUUAAAGAUGAAAAUGACAAGCUUAAGGCUUUGGUGAGUUCACUUGAAAAGAAAAUUGAUGAAACUGAGAAAAAGUAUGAAGAAACAAGCAGGAUUAGUGAAGAAAGAUUGAAGAAAGCCACAGAUGCCGAGUCUAAGAUAAUUCAUCUGAACAAUUCGAUGCAGAGGCUUCAAGGAAAAAUGUCUAACAUGGAGUCUGAGAAUCAGAUUCUGCGACAGCAGUCCUUGAUGCAUUCUCCUGUGAAACGCAUGUCUGAGCAUUUAUCAAUUCCAACAACACCAACCAAACAAGCAAGUUUGGAGAAUGGUCACCAUGAUGUUGAAGAGCUUAAGGUUGAACCCCAGAGUGCACCACCAGCAAUUAAGGAUUAUGCGGAUACUGAUGCUAAGCUGAAGAGAUCUUACAUGGAGAGGCAACAGGAGAAUGUUGAUGCCCUAAUCAGUUGUGUCAGCAGAAAUGUUGGGUUUAGUCAAGGGAAACCUGUUGCUGCACUUACCAUAUACAAAUGUCUCAUUAACUGGAAAUCAUUUGAAGCAGAAAGGACUAGUGUUUUUGAUUGUCUCAUCCAGAUGAUUGGUUCUGCAAUCGAGAAUGAAGAGAGCAAUGACCAUCUUGCCUAUUGGCUGUCCAAUGCUUCUAGCUUGUUGUUCUUGCUGCAAAAAAGCCUUAAGGCUGCUGGUACAGUUGGAGCUAAUCCCCGUCGGAAGCCACCUGCCCCAACAUCUUUAUUUGGGAGGAUGACUCAAUCAUUUCGUUCUUCCCCAUCUUCUUCUAACCUGGCUGCGGAUGGCCUGGAUGUUGUGCGUCAAGUUGAAGCCAAGUACCCUGCUUUGCUUUUCAAACAGCAGCUAACAGCUUAUGUGGAGAAAAUUUAUGGAAUUAUUCGAGAUAAUGUGAAGAAGGACUUGUCUUCGCUGCUGUCACUAUGUAUCCAGGCCCCAAGAACAACAAGGGCAACUAUGUUGCGUGGCUCUGGGCGCUCAUUUGGAAGCCAAGGGCAAAGCAACCACUGGAAGACCAUUAUUGAGAGCUUGGAUGACGUUCUUAAGACGUUGCAAGAAAACUAUGUCCCUCCGGUGCUAAUUCAGAAGAUCUGUAUGCAAAUUUUCUCAUUCAUCAAUGUACAACUUUUUAACAGUUUGCUCCUUCGUCGUGAGUGUUGCUCCUUCAGCAAUGGGGAGUAUGUGAAAGCUGGUCUGGCUGAGCUGGAGUUGUGGUGUGCAAAAGCAAAGCCAGAGUAUGCUGGAUCAUCAUGGGAUGAACUUAAACACAUUAGGCAAGCUGUUGGUUUCUUGGUAAUAUUUCAGAAAUCCAGGAUUUCCUAUGAUGAGAUAGUCAAUGAUCUCUGUCCGGCUCUCAGCGUGCAGCAGCUUUAUAGAAUUUGCACACAGUACUGGGAUGACAAAUACAAUACAAAGAGUGUAUCUUCAACUGUUCUUUCAAGCAUGCGAAUACUGAUGACAGAGGAUUCCAACAAUGCAGAAAGCAGUUCAUUCCUUCUAGAUGAUAGCUCCAGCAUUCCCUUCUCAGUUGAUGACUUAUCUAGUUCUUUACAAGCAAAGGAUUUCUCAGGCGUCAAACCAGCAGAAGAGCUUCUCGGGAACCCAGCCUUCCAAUUUUUACAGGAAUGAGGCAUUUGGGACCUCGGUGAAAUCUCGCACCAUUCCCGCCAUCAAGUGGUUGAUAUUUGUUAUCAUGACCCCUGCAACUCUAUUCUUUAUCAACAUUUGUUUCGCCCCUCCCCGCCAGGUUGUAAAAAGUUUCAAGUUCAUAGUUUGUAGACGUGUACAAUUGUUCUAGUGAGUUAAUAGGGAUGGGAUGAGUGUCACCCUCCCAAAAGGUAUUCUUAGUCUCUGUCCAUUUAUAGGGAGGCAGCAUUCUUUUAUUCUAGUACAUUUGUUGGUUCAGUUCACAGAAUGCAUAGGUAGAGGGGAAUGUCAUAAUAAUCCACCUUUAUAUAUGUCAUAGAUGUAAAGCAACAAGUUACAGGAAAGAGAUAAUUACAUGCAAGUCUUAGUUCUUGUUAUCAGAACUCAUAGGUGCUUUCUUCACCACACACUUAUGUAUUCUUUCGAGCAAUAUUUUUUAUUUUGGAUGAGAAUCUGUGUUUCAAGUGUUA